GAUAACGGACUAACGGCCAAAUCAAUCCCUUAAACAUCUGGGGUGGGAACUGGAAUGACGUGGCUAGUUUCUUCAGCAGAAACCAUGAACACCAUCAUCUCCUUUCAAUUAUCUCAUCUCUCACUGCUGAUUUCAAGCUACUUUCCACGUCCAUGGCAUUGGUUCAUCAACCUGGCCUUCCUUUGUUCCCAGGCUCCAAAUAUCCAAACUCCACAAACACCGUUUUGACCCCGAACUCCAUUAUCGUUCCUCGUUGUUCUUCCAAUGCCUCCACCUCCAUCUCCGUCAAGCCUCCUACUAAAUCUGUCCCAGGGAAGGCGGAGGCUGAUGUUGUCGUGAUCGGGAGUGGUAUUGGUGGGCUGUGUUGUGGUGGACUUCUUGCUAGGUACAACCAGGAUGUGCUGAUCUUGGAAAGUCACGAUCUUCCUGGUGGUGCUGCCCAUUCUUUUGAGAUUAAGGGCUACAAAUUUGAUUCUGGUCCUUCUUUGUUCUCUGGGUUUCAGUCCAGAGGUCUCCAGGCCAAUCCUCUUGCACAGGUCCUGGAUGCAUUGGGUGAGUCAAUUCCAUGUGCAAAAUAUGACUCUUGGAUGGUUUACAUUCCUGAAGGUGAAUUCUUGUCACGAAUAGGCCCUACUGAGUUUUACAAGGACCUUGAGAAGUAUGCUAGUCAGAAUGCAGUGCAAGAAUGGAAAAAACUUCUUGAUGCAAUACUUCCAUUAUCAGCAGCUGCAAUGGCUCUUCCUCCAUUAUCAAUUCGGGGAGAUUUGGGCGUUCUUUCGACAGCUGCCACCAGAUAUGCGCCUUCUCUGUUGAAAUCGUUUAUGGGAAUGGGACUGCAGGGGGCUCUCGGCGCACCUAAGCUUCUGCGACCCUUCUCGGAAAUCAUGGAUUCUUUGGAGCUGAAAGACCCUUUUAUUAGGAAUUGGGUUGACCUUCUAGCUUUCUUGCUUGCUGGGGUGAAAUCCAAUGGCAUACUCUCAGCAGAGAUGAUUUAUAUGUUUGCAGAAUGGUACAAGCCCGGUUGUACUCUAGAGUAUCCACUUAAUGGAAGUGGGGCUGUUAUUGAUGCUCUUGUUCGAGGACUACAAAAGUUUGGAGGUCGGAUAUCUCUAGGAAGUCAUGUGGAAAAGAUCAUCGUCGAGAAUGGAAAAGCUACAGGAGUUAAGCUGAAAGGGGGUCAGUUUAUACGUGCUAAAAAGGCCGUUGUCAGCAAUGCGUCCAUGUGGGACACUUUAAAUCUGCUACCUAAGGAUCAACUUCCGACAUCGUACGUCAAUAGAGUUAAGACGACACCACAAUGCGAAUCGUUCAUGCAUCUCCAUCUAGGCUUUGAUGCAGAGGGUCUGCGCGAGGAUCUUGGAAUUCACCAUAUCGUUGUUAACGAAUGGGAACGAGGAGUCGAUGCCGAUCAGAAUGUCGUUUUAAUCUCUGUACCUAGCGUACUUAGUCCGAAUCUUGCACCACCGGGGAAGCAUGUUCUGCACGCUUAUACACCUGGAACUGAACCAUUCGAAUUGUGGGAAGGACUCGAUCGUAGAAGCGAAGAAUACAAAAAGCUUAAAGCCGAACGGUCUGAGGUAAUGUGGAGAGCAGUUGAACGUGCACUUGGCUCGGGCUUCAACCGCGACAAGUGUGAGGUGAAACUGGUCGGAACUCCACUGACACAUCAAAGGUUUUUACGAAGGAAUAGAGGAACCUACGGACCGGCUAUACAAGGCUCGUUUCCGGGACAUCCGACACCCAUUUCACAGCUUUAUUGUUGCGGAGAUUCGACUUUUCCCGGCAUCGGAGUCCCUGCAGUUGCUGCUAGUGGUGCCAUUGUCGCCAACUCGUUAGUAUCGGUUUCUCAACACUCCCAACUUCUCGAUGCCAUCGGAAUUUAAACACUCCCAAAAUCUUUCCAACUUUCAACUGUUAUAGU